AUGUCUUCUACCAAGCUCGCUCUCGGCGCUCUCCUGGCCGCCAUGGCCACCGGCGCAUCUGCUGGCAGCCUCAAGAUCCACAGCUACUGCAGCAGCAAGGUCACUGUUGUCCUCUCGCACAACGGCGGCUGCGACUACGGCACCGACAGCAGAUGCAUCCGCGACGGCAGCAAGCCGUGGACCAUUUCGAGUGGCGCCACCACCGCCUUCAACUGGAUCACCAGCGGCAACGGCGUCAGCGUCAAGAUUUCCAAGGAGGGCGUGAACGGCAUCCUCCAGUACGAGUACGCCAUGGCAACUGGCCAGUACGGCGGCCUGUACUGGGAUCUCAGCGACCUCGACGGCAAGGGCAACGGCCUCGUCGGCACUCCCUUCUUCAACGACAACGUCAAGGUAUCGCCGACCGGCAACGGCGAGGGCCAGGGCACCUGCGUCAAGAUCCGGUGCCAGGCCGGCAAGGUCUGCCUCGACAGCUACCAGCACCCGGACGACCCCAACACCAAGUGGUGCCCUGCCGACACCGGCGACAUGUGGCUCGACCUGUGCCAGCCCGAGAGCUCGUUCUGGAGCCGUGCCGUCGCCGAGGAGGACAUCACCUAUGUCACCCCCACGCCUCCCCAGGAGCCCGAGGGAACUGCUCCCGGCCCGGCCAUCCCCACCAUCGUCCGCGACUACUUCAUCCAGCAGGCUGCCAUCGAGGCUAGUGCUGUCGAGCCCGAGGUCGAGGAGCCUACCGUCACCAAGGUCGGCCGCGCCUACUACGCUUAA